AUGCAUCUAACCGCCCUCCUCCUUCUGGCCUCCAGCCUCCUCGCAACAGCCGCCCACCUCCCCCUCCGCCGCGCCGACACCUUCCAAAACCCAGUCCUCUACGAAGACUACCCCGACAACGACAUCUGCGUCGGCCCAGACGGCGCCUUCUAUUUCUCCGCCUCAAACUUCCACUACUCCCCCGGCGCCCCCAUCCUGCGCUCCCUCGACCUCGUCAACUGGGAACCCGUCGGCCACUCCAUCCCACGUCUGACCUUCGGCGACGGCUACGACCUGCCCCCCGGCGGUCCCCGCGCCUACCGCGGCGGCACCUGGGCUUCUACCCUGCGCUACCGCGAGAGCAAUGGGUUGUGGUACUGGAUCGGGUGCACCAACUUCUGGGUGACUUGGGUCUUUACCGCGUCGGACGUCAAGGGCCCGUGGAGUAGUCGCGGGGUGUACGGAUGGGAUGGAUUAUGCAUGUACGACAACGGCCUUCUCAUCGACGACGAUGACACGAUGUACGUCGUCUACGGCAACGGACAAGUCAAAGUCUCCCAACUCAGCGCAGACGCCCUAAGCGUCGUCAAAACCCAACAAGUCCUGCAAGCCUCAGACGUCAACACCGAGACCGUCGAGGGGAACAGGAUGUACAAAAUCAACGGGACAUACUACAUCCUUAACGACCAGCCCGGCUCCACGACCUACAUCUGGAAGUCAAGCAGCCCGUGGGGACCCUACGAGUCCAAGAUUCUCGUGCAGAACGUCGCGCCGCCGCUGGCGGGCGGCAACUCCCCGCACCAGGGCAGUCUCGUCAAGACCAAGGACGGGCAGUGGUACUACAUGUCCUUCACGUGGGCGUACCCCGCCGGCCGCAUGCCGGUGCUGGCGCCGAUUACCUGGGGCGCGGACGGGUUCCCCGAGCUGGGUGAAGGGCGCGAACGGCGGCUGGGGCGCGGAGUAUCCGAUGCCGCUGCCGGAGAAGGUGCUAACGAGCUGGGGCCGACGUGGGAGUGGAAUCAUAACCCGGACGUUGCGUCGUAUGAGGUCAACAACGGGGUGACGCUGAAGACGGCCAGUGUCACGGAAGAUCUGUACUCUGCAAGAAACACACUCACGCACCGCAUCCACGGCGAGUUCCCCAAGGGCACCGUCGCGAUCGACUUCAGCAACAUGGCCGACGGCGACCGCUUCGGGCUGGCUGCGUUCCGCGACCAGAGCGCGUACAUCGGUAUCCACCGCGUCGGCGACACGUACACCUUGAAAGCGGUGCAAGGCCUGAUCAUCGACGAGUGGUCCGGCGACCCGGUCUCGAACGGCACGGAGGUGGCGUCUGCGCCGGUCCCGAGCGGGGCGAGGAAGGUCUGGUUCCGCGCGGAGCUGGACGCGCGGCCGACGGGGACAAGGGACGCGAACUUCUUUUACAGUUUUGAUGGGGUGAACUUCACGAAGCUGGGGGAGACGUAUGAGUUGUGCAGCGGCUGGGCGUUUUUCAUUGCGUACAGGUUUGGCAUCUUCAACUUUGCGACGAAGGCGCUGGGAGGUUCGAUCAAAGUUGAGUCGUUUACGGCGGCUUGA